UGCCAGGAUGAAGACUCAUUCAGGAAACAGGGUGCUCAGGGGGGAGGGGACGAUGCCCAGUACCGGGGCGCCAGUGAAAGGAGGUAGCACCUGGAAAGAGGGCACUAGGAGCUGUCGCCUCCCAGCGGAAGGCCAACGCUGGGUGAAGGCGCGCUGGAUCAGUGUCCAGAAGAGGGUAGUAUAGAGGGGUGACAGGCAGUACCAAGUUCAACUGGCAGUGUUCUAGGGGAUCAGUGUGAGGUUAGUGCCAAGCAGGGCCAAGGGAAGACGGGAGUGCCGAGGAGGUGAAGCCCCAGGGGGAGGGCACAACGCGGGCUUUCCUUUCCCUGAGAGUGAUGACAUCAUGGCAAAUCCCCAAACCGGACGGACCCGGCUCGGGUGACGUCUAGCUGGUCCGAGCCAGCUCGGACCAGCAGCGUUGGGGGGACCUUGGUGGCCAUCCGAGGUCCGAGGGGCUGGGCGGGCGCUCUGCGGGCGGGGUUCUCCUCCACCCGCCUGCAGCACGGACUGUGCCCCCGGCCGGCCGGCCGCAGGGAAGGGCUGGCCGGGGCCAAGGAUCAAGGUUCCCGGCUGGGUUAGGCCCCCAAGCUUGCCCAAGCGCCGGGAUCCGGGGUCUGGAGAGGGCGCCGGAGAGCCGGGCGCAGCGCGGUACCCGCCGGGGGUGGGGCUUUAGUCUGUCCCCGCCCAAUGGGCGGAGUCACUGGCCUUUGAGACCCGCCCCCAAGGCCGGGGACUGCUCCGAGGUGGCUUUUUCCCGGCGGAAGUUAAGGAGCCCCGAGGGGGGGGGGAGUCGGCGGAAGUGGCGGCGGGAGGGCAGCCUGUGCGCAUGCGCCCUGUGCCGUGGCGGCCGCUUUUGGGGUCGGUGCUCCGCCCCGUCUUUUCCCUCCUCCACGUGAGGGGGAGCGCGGAUUCCCAGCGGCUGCCGCGCGCUCCGGGCGCCUCUGCAGCUCUCGUGCCCCUCGCGAUGGCCGGCAUCCUGUUCGAGGAUAUUUUUGACGUGAAAGACAUUGACCCAGAAGGCAAGAAGUUUGACCGAGUAUCUCGGCUGCACUGUGAGAGUGAAUCCUUCAAGAUGGACCUCAUCCUAGACGUAAACAUUCAGAUUUACCCCGUAGACUUAGGUGACAAGUUCCGGUUGGUCAUAGCUAGCACUUUGUAUGAAGAUGGUACCUUGGAUGAUGGCGAAUACAAUCCCACAGAUGACAGGCCUUCCAGGGCUGACCAGUUUGAGUACGUAAUGUAUGGGAAAGUGUACAGAAUCGAGGGGGACGAGACCUCAACGGAAGCAGCCACGCGCCUGUUCUGCCCACAGGGACACCUGGAGAUGGCUGAAUGUCACCCCCACCACAAGCUCUGCUCUUCUACUCAAGAGCUUCUUAAGAGCGUGCUUACUCUCCAAGGACGCGGAUGUCUCUCUGUUACACAGACUCACUGAAGGACCCAUCAGACGGCACCACACUGGGUAGAUGAAUGGGCUGCCACUCAGGCUGGGUGUCUUUUUUUUUACCCCAGAGCUGAGGACUGAACCCAGGGCCCCAGGGCCUUGCGCUUGCUAAGCAAGGGCUCUACCACUGAUUUAAAGCCCCAACCCCCAGGGUGUCUUUUUUAUGCCUGAAGGCUGUGUGAGCAUUAGGAAGCCCAUCUGGCCUUGGUGUCACCAUGUGUAAAACAAAUGGAUAAUACCUACCAUACAGAGUUCUGGGGGAGACUCAGGGGCACCUGUUGCCUCUGUGAAGCACACCUUCCCUUGCUUUUUUUGUGGCAAUGUUUGGAACUUUGAGAUCCUGGCUUCUCUGCCUAUGUGGUCGCCUUUCUCCUUUUCUGUGGGACAAAAGUAAGGAAGAUGCUCUCAAGCCUUCUCACGGACUCUGGAGUAGCUGGCAGGUUGGCCCUGGCAAUACAGUUUUCGGCUUUCUGCACCGUAAACUUCUAUCACCAACAAAGCACUUACUUGCAGAACCCCAGAAGACGGCCUUCAUAUUGGGGGUUCCCAGCAGAGUUCAUGGUGGUCACACAAGGCUGCUUUUUAGAUGCCUGCCCUGCCCUGUGCUGGUCCUGCUGUGUGAGCUGUGGAGCCUGACUCCUGCCACUUCCUGCACUUCCGCCUGACCUCCACAGGAGGGAAGCAGGAGCCCAGGCCUGGCGAAGCUCCUGCUGAGCUGCUGAUGCACUUAGCUGUUUGCUCAGCUGCCACAUCCAGGUCUAGUCUUUACUGAACCGCCUGCUCGGCCUUACCUGGGGUGUGUCGUUCCCCAGGCUUCCUGUUAGCUUUCUUGGGAGGCGGGGUCCAGGAGAUCUGCUGUUCCAGUGAAGAACAUCGCUCCCUGACUUUA